AUGAAUAAUCGGGAUAAGAGAAGUGAUCUCUCUCUCUCUCUCUCUCUCUCUCUCUCUCCUCUCUCUUCUCCUACUCUCCCAUUUGUUCAUAUCUAUCUAUCUAUCUAUCUAUCUAUCUAUCUAUCUCAGUCUGUUCAUAUCUGUUUACCUAUCUGUUUCAGUCUGUUCAUAUCUAUCUAUUUGUCUCAGUCUGUUCAUAUCUAUCUAUCUAUCUAUCUAUCUAUCUAUCUAUCUAUCUAUCUAUCUAUCUCGGUCUUCUCGUAUCUAUUUAUAUCUCUCUCUUUCUCUCUCUCCCUCUUCUCAUAUCUAUUUCUCUCUCUCUCUCUCUCUCUCUCUCUAAUUCACAGUCAGUUCAUAUCUAUCUAUUUAUCUAACUCUCUCUUUCUCUCUGUUCAUCAUAUCUUGUGGGAAAUUUUAGUGAUUCUCAAAUUAAAUUCUAAUAAUCUAUCUAUCUAUCUAUCUAUCUAUCUAUCUAUCUAUCUAUCUAUCUAUCUAAGUCUGUUCAUAUCUAUUUCUAUCUCUCUCUCUCAGUCUCUUCAUAUCUCUCUCUCUCUCUCUCAGUCUGUUCAUAUCUAUCUAUCUCGGUCUAUUUUUAUCUUUUUGUUAUUUCUUUGCUUCUUUGUUUCUUGUUAUUUGCUUCUUUCCUUCUUUCUUUCCUUCUUGAUCUUCCUUUCUUUCCUUCUUGAUCUUCCUUCCUUUCUUUCCUUCUUGAUCUUCCUUUCUUUCCUUCUUGAUCUUUCUUUCUUUCCUUUUUGUUCUUUCCUUCUUGAUCUUUCUUUCUUUCCUUUUUGUUCUUUCCUUCUUGAUUUUUCUUUCUUUCCUUCUUUCUUUCCUUCUUGUUCUUUCUUUCUUUCCUUCUUUCUUUCGUUCUUGUUCUUUCCUUCUUGA